AUGUCUUCUCCCCCCUCUUUCGAAGCCCCUUGGUCCCUGGCCGACAAGACAGCCAUUGUGACUGGAGGCUCUCGUGGCAUCGGUCAAGCUAUCGCUAUUCACCUCUCCCGCAAAGGUCUCACCAAGCUGGCCAUCACUUAUGCCACCAAUGCCCAAGCCGCUGAGGCGACUCUUGAAACAUGCCGUGGUCUGGGAGUGAAGGAAGCAGUUGCAAUUCAGGCAGAUGCACUUGACCCCGAAUUCGGCCCAAAGCUCAUCGUCCAAGCGCUUGAACGACUCAACACCACCACCAUCGAUAUCCUUGUCAACAACGCUGUCUUGACCGACCACUCGCGGGUUCUCCCCGUCAAGGAGACUACCCUUCAGAGCUUCCUUGACGUGAUGCAAGGAAAUGUCUACGCCCCGGUCACGCUCACCACCGCGCUUCUGCCACAUCUCCCAGCCUACGGAGGUCGUGUCAUCAACAUCUCAAGUGUCCUCGCCUAUCAGGCCAACGCUGAUCCCACCAUGACAUAUGGAGCAAGCAAGACCGCCCUUCAAAGCUACACUCGUUCGUUUGCCGAGGCCUUUUCCAAGGAGUCCCACGCCACCUUUAACAGUGUCAUCGUGGGGUUGACCCUUACUGAUUCGAUUAAGGCUAGCAAGGACUUGAUGCCGCCGGGUUAUUUUGACGCACAGAUUCGAGACACUUCGGCUGCGGAUAGGAUUGGUGUCCCUGAGGACAUUGCAUACAUUGUUGGAUUCCUUUCUAGUGAGGAGGGCCGUUGGGUCAAUGGUGCUGCUAUUAGUGCGAAUGGAGGCAACAAGCUUGUCAUGCCGGCACUCGGCUAA